AUGCUGGAUACGCUUCUCAAUGCCAAGUCAACCUUCGAUUCAUUUUUGGAAUCUGUGAAGACACAGGAGGAAUCUUACGACAGUUUGAUAGACUCAAUAUCUUCGACAUUGAGUUCGAUAGCAAAUUUAGAAGUAACACGGGAAAUAUUGACUGAGACAAAAGUUGGUGUAUCUGUACAGAAAAUCGCAAAAGAAAAAAUCUAUCCGAUAAGUGAGCAAGCAGAAAACGUGAUUGCUGGAUGGAAAAAGGCUUUAGACAAUCAAAAGAAUAGAAAUAUAGUGUCACCCCCUGAAAAAAUAAGGCAUGUAGAACAAUCAGCCACUAUCAAUGAUUACUCAGGGCCAUUGACAAACGAUCCAUCCAGAAAUAAAGCACUUAGCAUUUUAUAUAAAGCUUUUUUGAAAGGGUUUCCCCAAAAUUCGCCACAACCGUCCAAUAAAGUUGCAUCGGAAUUAAUAUACAACUUGGAACAACAUGUAUUUGAGUCUUUCCAUGAGAAGAGAUUAUAUGCACAACAAAUUAAAUCUAUCAGGUUCAACUUGCAAGACAACAACAAUACACAAUUGAACUACAAUCUCCAUGUGGGCGAGAUUACUCCUCAACAAUUAGCGACGAUGGCUCCGCAGGAUAUGGCUUCGGAAAAGUUGAAGAGGAAGAGAGAAAUGGUACUGAAGGAGAGCAUGCUGGCUUGCCAAUCCGAUUGGGCUGUGAAAAAUAUCCUUCUUUCUAGCAAAACUCCGGGCCAAUUCACUUGUUUCAAAUGUAAACAAAGCAAAACUGUUUAUACACAGGUUCAAACUAGGUCUAGUGAUGAACCUAUGACAACCUUCGUCACAUGUUUGGUCUGUCAAAACAGGUGGAAGUUUUAG